AUGGUUGAUCCUUAUACACUGCAACGAUUUUUUGAUCAACACGCGAAUAUUACGAAUUGUCAAUUAAUAGCAAUGAACCCAAAAUUUGGGCAAGCCGUAAUGAAAGCAAUACGAAAACUAGCAAAGAAACCUAAAGAACAGAUUAUAGUGAAUGAAAAACCUGAUGAACCUGAAAACAUGGAAUCAAAUUUAUCAAAGAAUGAUACCAUGAAAAGGGCUACAGCAUUGUAUUGCGACGCAUACAUAGACGGAGUAAAGAUACCCCUUAUAAUUGAUUCUGGUUCUGCAGGAUGCAUUAUAUCCUUGAAGUUACUAAAGGAUUUAGAAAUGGUAAUAACACAAGCAUCGAAAACUAUCAUGGUCAAUGUCAAUGGAGAAAAAAGAAGACCAUUAGGAGCAGUAACUAAAAUUCCUUUAAAAAUUAAUAACCACAUAAUUCCUUUUGACGCAAGCAAUUUACAAGACAAAAAUAAAUUGGAAGAACUAUGGAAGGGACCUUAUAUAAUACAUAAUGUUCUAGGUAAUGGUAUCUAUAAAAUAAGGAUAAUAGAUGAUAAAGUGCUAAAAAUUCCUGUUAAUAGCGAAAGAUUAAAAUU